UCCUCCCAGGUCCCACUCUGGAUAGUGAGUCACAGACUGUUUGGACCUGAGUCACCCGUUGGGAGCCUUGCCCAAGAUCAAGGCGGACUUGGAUUGUUCAAAAAGCAAGUUUAGAAGAAGCAAGAGCCUCAGCUGCAGUAAUAUCCAAGGUAGGAGCUCAGGGGGAGGCUCUCAGAUCCCUAAGUUCCCAGGACAGAAGCUGCUCGGGGGAGGAGCCCGGAGGGAGAGACGCCAGGUGGGAGAAGGCCGGGAUCCCAGCCAAGUAAAAGGGACGAGCCCAGGACCUGGCAGAGGAAGCCAGUGACAGCAGACCCUCUCAAAUGGAUGACCUCUGUGAAGCCAAUGGCUCUUUUGCCAUCAGCCUACUAAAAGUAUUGGGUGAAGAAGACAAGUCACAAAACCUGUUUUUCUGUCCCCUGAGUAUCUCCUCUGCCCUGGCUAUGGUCUACCUGGGAGCCAAAGGAAACACUGCAACCCAGAUGUCCCAGGUACUUGGUUUGAACAGAGAUGGAAAUGUUCAUCAAAGUUUCCAGACACUUCUCACAGAAGUUAACAAAACUGGCACUCAGUACUUGCUGAAAAGCGCCUGCAGACUCUUUGGAGAAGAAUCAUGUGAUUUCCUUUCGACCUUCAAGGAAUCCUGCCAGAAGUUCUAUCAGGCAGGGCUAGAAGAGCUGUCCUUUGCUAAGGACACUGAAGAGUGCAGGAAGCACAUCAACGACUGGGUAAUGGAUAAGACUGAAGGGAAAAUUUCAGAAGUUUUGAGUCCUGGAACAGUCUGCCCACUGACUAAGCUGGUUCUUGUGAAUGCCAUGUACUUCAAAGGGAAGUGGAAGGCUCAGUUUGACAGAAAGUACACGCGGGGCAUGCCCUUUAAAACUAACCAGGAGAAAAAAACAGUGCAGAUGAUGUUCAAGCAUGCUAAGUUUAAGAUGGGGCACGUGGACGAGUUGAACAUGCAGGUCCUGGUUUUGCCCUAUGCAGAGGAGGAGCUGUGCAUGGUCGUUCUGCUUCCCGAUGAAAACACUGAUCUGGCUGCGGUGGAAAAAUCACUGACGUAUGAGAAGUUCAGAGCCUGGACGAACCCAGAAAACAUGACAGAAAACAAAGUUCAAGUUUUCUUCCCCAGGUUAAAGCUGGAGGAGAGUUAUGACCUGGAAUCUUUUCUUCAGAAGUUAGGCAUGACAGAUGCCUUCGAGGAAACAAAGGCUGACUUUUCUGGAAUGACAACUAAGAAGAAUGUGCCCGUGUCCAAGGUUGCCCAUAAGUGCUUUGUGGAGGUCAAUGAGGAGGGCACGGAAGCAGCAGCGACCACUGCCGUGAUCAGGAAUGCCCGGUGCUGCAGAAUAGAACCAAGGUUCUGUGCUGACCACCCAUUCCUUUUCUUCAUCUGGCACCACAAAACCAGCAGCAUCUUGUUCUGUGGCAGGUUCUCUUCUCCGUAAAGGCAUUGUCAUGGGGCUGAGGAUGUAGCUCACUUGGUAGAACAUUUGCAUAACAAGCAGCAGGCCACGGGUUCAACCCUAAGCACCCUAUAAAAUCAGGCAUGAUGGCACCUACCUGCCAUCCUAGCUCUUAGGAGUUGCAGGUCAGGGGCAACAAAAGUUGAAGGCCAUCCUCAACUACAUAGCAAACUUGAGUCCCUGUCUCAAAACGACAAGUAAAAGUAACGUGCGAUUGCUUUACAUAUCAUGUUUUGCCAUGCGCCAGAAUUGAAAUCCUGUGUUACCAGAUUGGCAAGGUGGUUUCACUGUGCAAAUAAAAAGAGUGUAGUUAGUAGUUGGUGAUUAUCUUUGCUGACAGUUCCAAUGCCAUGAGUGGGAACAUGGUGCUGAGAAGGCCUGGCUUGGUUUGGAGUGUCUGAGAUGACCCUCAUUGUCUCCAGCCUUAUUCACAGCCCAGCUCUGGAAGUGCUAUCCAUGCUGCUAACAUCUCCAAGCUGUGCCCUCCACCACGCUCUGUCUUGCCAGGCAAUGUCCGCUGACGGUUUCCAUUCGCAAAGCCAAGGGUGAAAGCUAUAGAAUAACUGCUGUAAUUUCCCUGUGUCUCACAAGAAGCUGAGAUAGUCUCUCAUUGCAUCAGUGUUACCCAACAGUCCUGUGCGUCCUAAGGUUCAGACAGCAAUUUCCACAAAUUUCCCACAGGUCCAAGGACUGAGUUGAAGGACAAAACUCGAAAGUGUGGCCCUUAUUCCCCUCUCUCCAAGUUCUUUCUAAUGCACAUGAAGCCAAAAGAAGCUUCACACUGAAUGCUUUUUUACAAACCAGAUGUCUAAUUAACCAUAUGAGAGUUAAUUGCACCUCUGAUGCCCUAAAUGCACAGAUUCAAGUACCACUGAAUGGAUUCAGCAGAUUGUAUUUAUACGUGUGUGUGUGUGUGUGUGUGUGUGUGUGUGUGUGUGUGUGUGUGACAACUAUAGAAGAAGUCAUGAACAUGAGAGUGACUGAGGAAGGUACAGGAGGAGUUGAGUGAGGUGGGGGAUCUAAACAGGAUGCCAAGUAACUGAAUAGAAUAAAAUAACUGAAUGUACAGCUCAGUAAGUUCUGAAACAUGCAUCUACCCAUAAUGCCAUCUGUAGAGUUAAGAUGCAGAACAUGACCAUCACACCUGCAAAUUUCCUCUGGAAACUUUGUAACAUCGCUUUUUUAUUUUAAGAAAUUUAAAAAAUUUUAAUUAAAAUGUAAUUUCAUCAUUUUUCUAUUCCUUCUCCUUCGUAUUGCUCCUAUGUCCACCAUCCAAAAUGAGAGUCCCCCUCAUCUUUAAGCAUGGUUAUUACACACACAUAUAAAGGGAUAAACAUGUAAAUACAAUCUGUGGAAUUCUUUCAGUCUCUGUUCCCUGCAUGUGAGUUUCUAGGGCUGACCACUCAGUGUUAGAUAACCAAUCAGGGGCUCAUCCUGAGUAUGACUGACUCCUGUUCUCAGCAGUUGUUAAUUGUUUCUAACACUUCAUCUAAGGGCAUGGCCCCAUGAUAUUUUCUCUAUCUGUGCUACUGGGAUGUCAACUCUUGGAAUUUUCAGGUCUUGUUUAGGAAGCUGUAUUGUUGAUAUUUCAUUGUUUAGCUUCUCACAGCUGACAUCCUGGUCCUCUGGCUCUUACAGCCUUUCUGAUCCCACUUCUGUGUGUAUUCUGGGCUUUGUAACCUUGCUAUAUAUCUGCUCCAUGUUAAGUUUUAGUCACUUACACCCACUUUCAUGCAACCACUGAGAGUUGCUUCAUAAUUAAUUUGUUAUGGAAUAAUGUAUCCAAUUUUUGUAUUAUUUCUAUCACUUACUGAAAGUAUUUUUAGAUUCUCCUUCAUUAUGUUAUACUUGAUAUAUUAUAUAUUAAAUUAUACUAUAUAUCAAUAGUUUCUUUUGUUUCUACUUACUUAAUAUGUCAUCAUAUAGAUGCAAUAUAAUUUGUUUAUCCAUUCACAAUCUUCUGAAUAUUUGCAAUGUUGUCAAGGUUUGGUUACUGUAAAUAAAGCUUUUAAAAACA